AUGGACACGAUCGAAGAAUCUGACCCCAUCGGCACCAACGUCAUGACGUUGGCUGCUACUGAUUCAGGGUCAUUUACCAUUGGGUCUCAAUCGCCGUCAACACCGACCAAAUUUGGCAUUUCCGGGGGAGUGACGUUGGUGACGUCAGAUACGUUUGAUUAUGAGGCAGGAGAGACGUCGUAUACUCUUGAGAUAGUGGCAACGUCAAGUUCAGACAGCACUCAAUCGACGGCGACCGUCACCAUCAACGUCAACAAUGUCAACGACAACAUACCCGUGUUCUCCCCCAACUUCUAUUUUGCCACAGUGGCUGAAAACACGGCGUCUGGAUCUUCCAUAUCGCUUCUUACCGUCACCGAUGCCGACGGCGACGCCCUGACAAUCACUGUAGCCGCCGGCGACGACGCCAGCAACAAGUUUACGUUCAGCUCCGGUAACCCCAAACUGAUCGAGACGUCAUCCAACGCCAUCGACUAUGAGACGUUAUCUGGCGCGAACUACAAGUAUACGUUGGUUGUAGAAGCGACGGAUGGAACAAAUACCGGGACCGCUACCGUCAUUGUCACGGUCACAAACGUGAACGAGGCUACCCCGUCGUUUGUCACGGCCAGUUUCAGUCCGGCGUACACAUCGGCAACGACAGCGUACAAUAUCGAUGAGACAUCUGCCGUCGGGACGUCCAUUGUGACGGUGACGGCAUCCGACGCCGACGAUGGAGCGGCGGGAGAAGUGGAGUACAGCGUGGGGACCAUAACAGAAAGUACCGGUUCUGCGACUACGGGGAUUUUCGGCGUGGAUCCAUUUUCCGGCGUCCUCUCCACUAUCGUAACCACAUUGGAUUGUGACACGGCGACCGGUGGGCUUGCGUAUUAUGACGUCACUAUUAUUGCGUCAGAUAAAGGAUCCCCGGUUAACUCCGCCACCAUCCAAGUCCGUGUGGGCCUGGUUGACGUCAACGAUAACACUCCCACGUUCGCACAGAACGUUUAUACAGUGUCGAUACCGGAAACAACCGCUGCGACGACCAGUUUGUUGACGUUGACCGCCACGGACGACGACGUUACGGCUGCCGCGUUGACGUUUACGUUAGAAACGUCUAGUUCACCGUCAGCGUAUGCGUCUAAAUUUGAACUGGACUCAACCACAACAAAUCAGCUCAACUUGUUGGCCGCCGUUGACCUAGACGCCGGUGACGCCUCCUCCUACAUUCUUGUCGUGUCGGUUGCUGACGGUGGCUCCCCGGCGCUCACCAGUACCACUUCCGUCAUCGUCACUGUCACUGCCGUAAACGAUGCGGCGCCGUCCGUCACCGGAGCCACUGUCGCUAUUGACGAAUCAACGGCCGUUGGCGGUGCUGUCAUAACUGUUGCUGCGACGGAUGCUGACACAGGAGCUGAUGGGGAUUUAACUUUUUCUAUCAGUCUGGGCAACUCUGCCGGAAAAUUCGCCAUUGACCCGACGACCGCCGCCAUCAGCGUUGCUGGAAGCCUGGACUACGAGACGACAACCCAGUACCUGCUCACAGUGAAGGCGACGGAUGGAGGUUCCACCGCUCAGACCGGAAGUGCCACCAUCACCGUCAACAUCAAUGACAUCAGUGACGAAGCUCCAACGUGUUCUGCAAACUCAUAUUAUGUUUCAAUCGACGAACCUGUCAAAUCAAGACAUAACAAGAAGAAACAGAGAGAGAAAGAGAGAGAGAUACAAGAGAUCUGGGUGCGAUUCCCUUAG